AUGGAAGACAAUUUUUCCACGGACGGGAAGCGGGAGGAGGUGUGGCGAGGCAGAGCUCAGAGCGGGUUUGCACCCAAGCAGCAGCUGGAGAGUGUCGCAGUUCUAUCUUCAGCUUCACGAUGUUCCUUUGGCCAAAAUGCGCUAAGCCGUCUCCAAGUUCGAAACAUUCAGCAAACAAUGGCAAGGCAGAGCCACCAGAAACGAACACCUGAUUUUCAUGACAAAUAUGGUAACGCUGUAUUAGCUACUGGAGCCACUUUCUGUAUUUCUAUAUGGACAUAUGUAAGUACUAUUGAUCAAUAAUUUCUAUUUUAGAUAUUUUUCCCUUUAAUUUAAUCUGCAUUCAAAAU